UGUUUAUUUUUAUUUGUCUUUAAGAGGAUAGCUCGCCUCGUGUUCCCCCCAAAAGAGUGUUUCACACCUUUCACAUUUCCCUAGCCAGGACCGGUCAGUCCGCCUUAUAUAAAGCUGGUUAUCGCUGGAAGAUUCUAACCUCCGCUAACACCUCUCUUGCUCAUCUUUUGUCUACUGUGGACUGCUUUCGCACAACGAUCAAAUCAGAUCACUGAUUCCCAGGUUAAAAUUCGAGUUCGAGUCAAAGUUCGAGUUGAAAAUCUGCACCAUGGCUUUAACGAUGGCAGCACACCCAAUACUAGUUAGAGACCACGCAUCGCGCGUGACGCGGGCGGGAUCCGUUUUUGCUGAUGCAACCAACUUGCAGCGUCGUAUCAGGUCUUCACCAUCGACGAAGCAUUAUAACCCUCUUUUCCCAUUCGCUUCCCGCCCGUCCAAAGCCCCACCCACCCUUUCCCUUUCAGCGACAUGCGCUAGCUCUUCACAGUCGCAGGCGCUCCUACCAUCUCUUCCCGAUCUACUAGACGUCCGGAGUGUCAUACCCUUCCCUUCCACGUUACCUGCACAUGAUGUCGCCAUCAUAAUGGAUGUCGAUAUGUUCGAUGGGACAACCGAUAGCGUUGAUUCGCAAUCUUCUCCAUCAGCUCCGUUCUCAUCUUGUAAUGGCACCGCCUCCCCGUGCUCUGCGCAAACUCGUCUUCGUAAACGGCGCUCCCAAGCUAUCGCCACGUUCUCCCAGCCAACGAGUCCCAAACGGGAUAGAAAGUCCAAGUCAAGGGAUAAUAGCAAGUCCGGGAGUGCAGACCCGGCUGUGCGUAAGCGGUCUCGUAAGAGUUGGCGCCAAGUCGCGGACCUCAUGCUCCUCGCUACCGUGCAUCGAAGCCUCGUAUCGAAUUGCUGUACAGAUCCGUGGGACUGUGUUCUUGGAGAGGAUGUUGCGCCAGUUGAUGCACAGACCCUUGAGGGGCAGGAUGUGCUCCUGGCACGUAGGAUUCAGACACGACUUAUGGAAUAUGGAUGGUCAUUGGUAACUGAUGGCAUCCAGGAGGUGCCUCUCGAUGAUGACGCAUCCAUUUCUCCUUGCGCGCAAGAACAGUCAUCCCGAUCUAUACACUCCGACACAAGCCUAAACCCCCACAAUCUAUCAUCUGACACGCCCUCGCCACGAUCAUCCCCACCGCCCACAAGCGCCCCCAUGCCCUCUGUCCUCACCAUGCCUCAGCUUGUCGCCACGCUAAUGAUGCGAUACAACGAUCGAUGUUGCACGCGUUCACGCUCGAGUUGGAAAGCUCGCCGUGCUGAUCUGUCUUCUGGCCAUUUCGUCGAGCGGAAGUCGUCCUUGUCUGUAGCUUGUAGCUAGCAGACUUGUGCGUGCUGGCUUCCCUGCUCUGAUGAGAUAGAGAUUGAAUCUCCGCUGCCAGGCAUUAUUGUAUCUUGCUGCGGAUGCACCCAUAUAUCUUCGCCGCGGCCACGAUGCAUCUUUGCCAUGAUGCUUCACAUCAUUUGCCACGAGUCUUCAUAUAUUUGACCAUGAGGCAUUUGUCUUUUUUUAUGUAUUUCCACGACCUUUAACGAGCGCUACGACACGUCAUACUGUGUAUUGAUAGUCAUUUAAUUCUUCGCGGCACAUGGUUGAGUCCGUGUGCUGCUAAUUUGUGGUCUUGCUUGCGAGAUCUACGUAGUGCUGUGCAAUUCAGUGUCACGAUGUUAUGAUCGACUAUUGGUCAUGCGACUGGUCCGGUGUGCAGUUGUCGACGAAAAUUUUAGAAUUUGCAACAGCUUAGCAGGAAUUUCUUCGACUGAAAUAAAUUAUUGUUC